AUGGAUUACGUAACAGGCAUGAUUAGCAGAUUCACCGAAUCUAUUUUGAAUAUGAAUAUUCAACAAGCUAUUAGAUUAACCAUUAUUGUUGGUGCUUACAUCUUAUUCAGAAACAUUGCUUCAAAACAUUUGACUAAGAAACAACUAGAGAGUAGAGUUCGUCAAGAUGAAGCUCGUAUUCAAAAGGAAAAGAAAGAUGGAUUGAUUGAGGACCCUAAUAAGAUCUCCGGUAAUAAUUCUUCAACUUCAGGUUUCGGUUGGGGUAAAAAGACUAGAAAGAGAGUCCAGAGACAAGAAGAAAUGUUUGAAAGAGCUGUUGAUGAAUUGAAGAGAAAACAAGAAUUGGGCAUCACUGAAGAUAGUGACGAUGAAAUUGCUGAGCUAUUAGAAGAUUGA